GAGGCCGUUGUAACAGGUCUGCUCGCAGAGACAACCUACUCUGUGACCGUGGCUGCUUACACCACCAAGGGUGAUGGAGCGCGCAGCAAGGCCAAGGUGGUCACUACCACGGGAGCAGUGCCUGGCAAGCCCACUAUGAUGAUCAGCACCACCAUAGGGAACACUGCCCUUAUCCAGUGGCAGCCUCCAAAGGAGAUGGUGGGGGAGCAUGUGGGGUACCAGCUUCAAUACAAGAGAGCAGAGGAGGAGGCUUUCACCAUCAAAGACUUCAAAAAAGCAGAUGAUCACUUCACAGUCACCGGCCUCCACAAGGGAGCCACCUACAUCUUCAAACUGUGCGCCAAAAACCGGGCAGGCAACGGGGAGGAGUAUGUGAAGGAGAUCAGCACCCCCGAGGACAUUCCCAGUAGCUACCCCCAGAAUCUGAGUGUGGUGGGCCUGACCGCCACCUCCACCAAGCUGUCCUGGGAGCCCCCUCCUCUGGCCGAGAGAAACGGGAAGAUUGUCAGAUAUGUGGUGGUUUACCGAGAUAUCAAUGUCCUCAAUAACAACACCAACAGUACCACGGCAACAGAGAUGACCGUCCAAGGGUUGCAGCCAGACACCACCUACGAUAUCAGAGUCCAAGCUUUCAACAGCAAGGGGGGGGGACCCAUCAGCCCCAGCAUUCAGAGUCGAACCAUGUCCUUGUCCAUGCCAGUGUUCACGAAGAACUUUGGCGUGAAGGCUGUGACGAAGACCUCUGUCCUUCUGACCUGGGAAGUGCCAGAAACCUUCAAAUCUCAAGUGCCUCUUAAGAUCCUGUACAACCAGCAGAGUGUGGAGGUCCAGGGCGACCUGAAGAGGAAGCUGAUCACUCAGCUGCAGCCAGACACAGAUUACUCCUUCGUGCUCAUGAGCCGGGGGAACAGUGCUGGGGGGCUCCAGCAGCAGGUGUCCAUCAGAACCGCCCCAGACCUGCCGCAGAUCAAACCAGCACUAUACCAAGAGGAUGUGGAGGAGGGGGGGAGAGUGACCAUCAGCCUGUCCACUGGGCCUGCUGAAGUCUCUGUCAGGUGGUACUACAUAGUUGUUGUCCCUGUCAAUCCGGCUUCUCAUAGGAGGUGGGAAAACCCUGAAGACAUGGACAUACAGGAGCUCCUGGAGCCCGGUGCUGACAGCAGCCUGCAGAGGAAGAAGAGACAGAGCCAGAAACUGCUUCAGCCAUACAUUGCUGCCAAGCUGGACACGCUGCCUGAGCUCUUCACACUGGGCGAUGAGAAGAAAUACAACGGCUACUACAACAAACCCCUCCCGGGCCAGCAGCAGUAUCGAUGCUUCGUUCUGGCUGACCUGACGGACAAUGAGUCUCAAGUCCACCACAGCCCAGUCAUCUGGCAGCAUGGGACCGGAGCCACGGCUCUGAUUAGGUACAGAUGUAGAAGCACUGAGAUGCCUUUGGAGGCAUCCCAAAUUCAUUGA